UGUUCAUCAGCAGAUCGCUUCUUUGCCGCGUUACCAUGAUCUAUAAAAAAGGGGACAAAGCAUUUGUAAGAUGCUGUCAUCAGUCAAACAAAACGAGAAAUCAGCCAGAGGCCUAUCUAAAAAAUAUCGAAAACAAAAAAGAAGCUUCUUGGCGAAGAGCUGAAGAAACACCCUUUCCACCACCAGACAUGUCUUCACCUAACAACAGCUUCCCGAACUUCUCCUUCAUCAAAUCCAAAUCUGCACCAAUUUUUGACAGU